AUGGGAGCACUUAAGAUUCCACUAAAGCCCUUCAUUGACUCUGGAGCUGUGGGCAACGAAUACCGGAAUCAAUCGCAGAAGCCUACGGAACGCUCUUGCAGCAGAUCGGAAUCAAGUUUCACGGCCAGCGAUUCACUGGGAGAGGACACUAUCGAGCCGUUGGAUAGAAUCCCUAAAGCCGGUGCCAGAUUCUCUCGAGAAGCACUUCGGAUUCUCAGGAAUUGGGUAUCAUCCAACCAUCGUCACCCCUAUCCCAAUAAUGAGGAAAAAGAAAACCUGGCUCGCCAGACGGGCUUGAACAAAACUCAAAUCAGUAACUGGGUUGCAAAUGCCCGCCGCAGGGGAAAAGUGCGAGCUCCUCGGUCUACCUCACCAAGUCCGGGUCACCGCACCAAUGGUGUCGACAUUCCACGGAGGACAACUCCCAUUAUGAGGGGCAUGAGCCCCAUGGAGAGAUGGCGACAUUCUCCGCCGGAUCAAGAACCCGCUUCCAUAACCGCCAUCGCUUCGGCAGUCUCAUCUACAGAGUUCUCAGAUGCAGGAAGCGCCGUGCAGGAUAACUACAAGAAUAUCGAUAACGAUGGGCUGCCAGACUCUAUCGAUCAUCUCUCAUCUGCCGGCAGCUCGAGAACAUCACAUUCCAGCAACGGCUCGUUUGGAUCAGUUAAAUCUGACAAAUCUCGAAAGUCGUUGGAGUCUGUCUCCUCGUUGAAAAGCCGAGGAAGACGACGUCGGCGUCGGCAGAUCCCCAAGGCCGUUGAUAUUUCGGCCAUGCUCCCGUCCAUCCAUAAAUUUCAAUGCACAUUUUGCACAGAGACUUUUAAAACAAAACACGACUGGCAAAGACACGAAAAAUCGCUACACUUGUCUCUUGAACGGUGGGUAUGUACACCAGACGGACCGAUCCAGUUUUGCGCCGAAUGGAAUUGCCUGGCAUGUGUGUACUGCGGAUUGAAGAACCCACCACCAGAGCAUGCCGAAAAGCACAACGACUUUGUGUGCAAUGAAAGACCAGAAGAAGAGAAGACUUUUUAUAGGAAAGACCACCUGCGCCAGCAUUUAAGCAUUGUUCACGAUGCCAAGUUCCAAAAAUGGCCAAUGAAUGACUGGAAAGUAACCACACCACCUGUGCGAUCAAGAUGUGGCUUCUGCGGCAUCUUACUGGAUUCUUGGGAUGCACGAGUCGGCCAUCUUGCUCAGCAUUUCAAAAAUGGCAAAUCUAUGGCGGAUUGGAAAGGUGAUUGGGGUUUUCAGGGAGAAAUACUGAGGAUUGUCGAAAAUGGAAUGCCACCUUAUCUCAUCCACCAUGAACGAAAUACUCUUGAUCCGUUCGAAGCUUCUAAAGAUGAAGUCAGAUACGGUAAAACAUUGGAAGAUUAUGUCAAGCUGUGGCUGGUUGAGUAUAUCAACGAUCGGGCCGUGGCCGGCAUGACAGCCACAGAUGACCAGCUACUUGUCGAAGCACAGAGAGUUGUACAGAAAGUUGACACAGAAGACAUUUCCCUUACAGGACCAGACGUCUCGUGGUUUCGCGAUCUUAUAAUGCUCCACAAACCCUCCAGUCAUACAACAAACGAGGAACUCUAUCAUGUAUCGGGCAAUGCAACCUGGACAUCACAAAUAGAGAAAAUGAAGGCAUCCAACUCUACACACACAGACAUGAGCAUUAUUGGAUGCGACAAAGAGAAGCUUUUAUUGAGAUAUGUCAAGUCUAGACAGGCCUCAGGCCAGAUGCCCACAGAUUCCGAGUUGCAGUUUCAAGCAUGCAAGAUCCUAGAUGACGUUGAGCCAAAGUCCAAUUUCAAAUGCAAAGAGGCCGUCCAAUGGUUCAAAUUCCUGGUCAACUCUUCGGUCGAUUGGCUCUCACACUUUAAACGCCGCGCCGGCCUCUUCUCGAGCGUCGAAAAUAUACAUGGACAUAUACAAUCAGUUAAUGGCAGUAUCAUACACAACGGCGUGCAUCACUUUUCAGGACUACAAGAAGACUUAAUGACUGCUAUCAAUACCUCGAAGAUUCCCGACAAAGCAACAAUGGGAGAAGAAAUACAAUUCGAGUCGCGCGUUAUGAUGCAUGGUGAUGACAACCAUACCAUCUUGGAUAAACUGAGUGGCCUGGGUGCUUUGGAAGACCGUAAUAGUCUCCUGGCUUCUCAUGAGGAUAUUCCAAUAGCAGUCCCUACUGCAGGAGAUUUGACAUCAGAGAAUCAAUUCAACGAUGCCAAGGCUGGCGCCACCCUACCCGCCCAAGGAAUACACUGGGGUCUCUCGGAUGGAGCUAUUGGCUGCUCAUCGCCCAUGGAUACGAAUGACUAUCCACCAACCCUUGCGCAAACGCCACAAUCUGCCAACUCCCAGAACCAACCGUUACGAUACUUCUUGAGUGACGCCAACUGUUAUGGAAGAUUGGAGAAAGAACUCACACGAUUUAUCCCGACCGAUGAGGAAAUUCAGUAUCAAGCUCGGUGGAUAAUCUAUGACGAUGAUGACCCAUGGAAUCAAACUGCUGCUGACAAUGCCGAAUGGUUGGCUCGCUUUAAGCGUGAUGCCGGUCUUGUCUCUGCUGACGACGCGAACGGUUUGCCAUUGAACGGACCUCCUCGACCCUGGAAAGUAUCGGACGGCGGAACAGGCCUGACACCACCAUAUCUGAAGCCAAAGGCCGGCAAAAUAAUAGAAGUUGCAGAUGAAACAUCUGUAUACAUUGACUAUCGAUCCUAUAACGUAAACAGAGACACAGCCGAGCGCUAUGUUCGCGCCCUCUGCGAUGGAGAAUACCAAUUCCCUCCCUCUGUGUUUUGCUCUCGGGAACUUGAGGAUGGACUGAAUGCCUACAUUGAGGAAUGCAUCAAGACUCUCUAUGUGCCUUCCGACGAUGAUUUACGCGCCAAAGCACGCGAAAUACUAGGCGUGGAGCGCACUGCGGCCGACGACCCAAAACUACUAGAAACUUUCAAAGCAACACAUGUGCUCUGGGCCGCGACAAAUAAUGAAAUUAUCCCGGGAGGCCAGCUGAACAAUAGCACCCUCGAUUUUAUGGACAGUGUGAAUGAAAUGGCUUCUCUUGAUCUCACCGCUGAAUUCUCAGCGAGAUUGGGGGUCUAG